UCGGUACUACUCUCAUGCGACAUGCUGCAGAUCGAGGUUUUGCACUCUCAGACAUCUCGGAGGUCCGGGCACUCCGGCAGUAUGUACUUAGGGACCGCGGCCUCUAUAUAUUCUUCCGCUGCAGCCGCAACGUUGUUCUGACCCUCCGCGCUGUCGCCUGAAGUCAAAAUGCCGUUGUCUCUUGAAGAGGUCGCACAACAUAAUUCAAUACGUUCUUGCUGGGUAAUUAUCAAGAACAGGGUGUACGAUGUGACGGAGUUCUUGCCUGAACACCCGGGAGGAGCGAAGAUCAUCCUGAAAUAUGCUGGACGCGAUGCUACCACAGCGUACGAGCCAAUACACCCUCCAGAUGCGCUGGACAAGAAUCUGCCUCCUGAGAAACACCUGGGCGAGCUCAACAUCGCUGGAACUGCUGCGUUGCAGAAAGAGCGUGAGACCAGGAAGAAGACGAAGGAUGAGAUACGUGUAGAGCAAGCGCAGGCCGACGUUGCCAUGAAAGUCAUGUCCCAUAAGGCCAUGGCAUACUACUCUUCCGCUGCGGACGAUGAGACUACGCACAGGGAGAAUGCCCGAGCUUUCUCUCGGUUCUUCUUCCAUCCACGAAUUCUACGACCAAUAUCCAAAGUUGACGUGUCUACCACAAUUCUUGGGAUUAAGUCUUCAAUUCCUGUUUUUGUGAGUGGUGCCGCCUUGGCAAAGUUAGGGCAUCCGCUCGGCGAAGUCAACAUCACCAAGGGCGCAGGCCGGACGGGUAUAAUCCAGAUGGUGUCCUCGAAUGCAUCGCUAUCGCCUUCGCAAAUCGCGGAAGGCCGCCUUUCACCUUCGCAGCCACUCUUCUUCCAGUUGUACAAGCAUGGAGACAACAGCAUAGCACAGAAACGCGUACGCGAAGUAGAGCAAUUGGGCUACAGGGCUAUCUUCCUAACCGUCGAUGCUCCGGUCUCUGGCAACCGCGAGCGCGAUAUUCGUGCGCCGUACGACCUGGAGGAGCAGGAACGGGAGGGAGAGCCUACCGAUGGACAGACAGCUGGGGAGAUGCCCCGCCAGCCGGAUGAUGUGGAGAAGGAGAUCGAAGGUCAACAACCCAACUUGUAUGGGACGGCUGGAGCGCUUCUGCAGAACAUGGAUUUGGAUAUGACGUUCAAGGAGACUAUACCUUGGUUGCGCUCAGUCACGAAACUUCCGAUUGCUCUAAAGGUGAGUAGAUAUAUCAUCCCUACCGUGCGGCUUAUGCUAAGCGCGAUCCAGGACGCAGUUCUUGCCGCUGAAGCAGGUGUCGAUGCAAUUCUGCUCUCCAAUCAUGGAGGUGAUUCCCUACCGCCUCUCGAGGUUCUGUACAAGAUCAGGCAACAACGGCCAGACCUCUUCAACAAGCUAGAAAGUAUGUUCACUGGGUUCACGUCACGAGCUAGUCACGUCCUCAAAGCACUCUGUUUGGGCGCGAAAGCAGUAGGAAUGGGACGUCCGUUCCUGUAUGCGCAGAGUGCAUACGGCGAGGCCGGUGUCGUCCAGGCAGUCCGUAUCCUCCAGCGCGAGAUCAUCCUUGGCAUGCGUCUUCUAGGCGUCACCAGCGUUGACCAGCUUGUGCCAGAAUUGGUAGAGCGUGUCGACUGGCAGCCAUUGCUUGCUCGCCUGUGAGCAUACGUUCCUAGAUACUUAGUGCCUGUAUCAAAGACGCUGGGCGCCUGCUCUCAAUGGAGAUCAGACGUCUUUUACGAUGUUAACUCCGUACGCAUGUUCCGUCGAUGGCAGUCGCUGAUCUUGUCAAGAUCUUGUUGACAUUCGUGAUGAACAUGCGGAUGCAUCUCGGGGCAAACGCGUGUCCGGAUUCUUUGCUGCCGUAGUACGGCAUGCUCCUGUAGGUAAUCUCGAUUAUUCUGUUCAACAAGCGAGU